CAGAAAAAUUAGACGUUUUUGUCAGAUGUAAAUCAAAUUUAACCGCGACAGGAUCUUUUUCUCGACUUAUAGUGUAUAACCCUAUUAAUAUAAAUUUCCUUUAUUUGAACCUAAAUUGAUUUACGUGAUCGUUUUAUUCAGUGAUAAUCGUAAUGUAAAAAUGUGACCAUCUCAAGUGAAACUGCAGUUCCAUAUAUUUUACUCCUACGAAUGUCAAGUUUCCGUUAAUGGCUUCUGCCGAUGACCUGGUUCCAGAUAGAAAAAAUCGAAACCAAACUAUCUUUCAAAAAAUUAAACACAAACUACCGCAGAUACUGUCAAGUAUUCUGGCGGCGAAUGGAGCCUUCGUUUUCGGAACCAAUAUCGGUUGGUCGUCACAGAGCUACCGAUAUUUAGUCCAAAAAAAGGAGUAUCCAUUUUCGGUUAGUAAAGAACAGUUCUCCUGGAUUUCAUCGGUACUGGCAUUGGGUGCUCUUCUUGGAGGUCUGUUGGGCGGGCCUAUUGUCAACGGCUUUGGGAGGAAAGGAACAAUUUUGCUAACUGUCCUACCAUUUUUAUUUGGUUGGUUUCUAAUUAUCUUUGCUGUCCGAGUAUAUAUGUUCUACGCAGGACGAGUAGUUCUGGGCGUAUGCUGUGGUAUUUUCACGGUGGCUGUACCAAUUUAUAUUGGCGAAAUAUCAGAGAAAGAUAUUAGAGGGUCACUGGGGGGUUUGUUUCAGCUGCUGAUAGUUUUGGGAAUAGCGUUUGCAUAUGGUAUCGGAUCGGUUGCAAAUGUCAUGACCACGUCUAUUGUGCUUCUUACUGUACCUCUGGCUUUCCUGAUUCCGUCCUUUUUUAUGCCGGAAACUCCUACCUAUUUGGUGUCCGCAGGAAGAACUGAGAAAGCCAGAGCCAGUUUGCGAUAUUUAUAUGGUGAAGAUUGUGACGAAGAAGGAUAUCUGGAUGAAUUGGUGGCCAACGUACAGGAAAACAAGCACAUAACGACCCUAUCUGUGUGGAAGGAGCUAGAUAAAUUUGUCGUUUUGUACGCGUUAUGUAUAUCGCUAGGACUUCAGUUCUUCCAACAACUAAGCGGGAUCAAUGUCAUCAUCUUCUACUCGGAGGACUUAUUUGCGAAAUCGUCAAGCAGUAUAUCCUCGAAUCUAGCGGCAGCUCUCGUCAGUAUAAUACAAAUCAUUGCAACAGCUUUGGCUUUAUCCACAGUCGAUCGAACCGGCCGCAAGGUGUUGCUGAUAGUAUCUGCAAUUAUCAUGACCAUUUGCACGAGCCUCCUAGGCGUAUAUUUUUAUCUGCAAAAACAUGAUAAGGACACUUUCAAAGGGAUCCCACAAUCUGUUCCUAUCUUGUUAGUGUCAAUAUAUAUUGCAGCAUUUUCAUUCGGACUGGGUCCUGUGCCGUGGAUAUUACUGGGUGAACUUUUCACACCUGCAUCAAAAGGUCUUGCUUGCGGGAUGUCAGUUUCUUUCAACUGGCUAUUAACGUUCAUAGUUACUAAGACUUAUGUUAAUAUUGAGGAUUGGAUGGGAAUCGCAGCCACCUUCUGGCUUUUUGCUGGUUUGACCGCACUGGGAGCGAUUUUUUUCGCUGUAAUCGUUGUUGAGACAAAAGAAUUGACGUUGAAAGAAGUCCUAGAAAAGUUGGAAAAACGAAAAGACCGAUUGCGAAAAAUCUUUUGUAUGAGGACUUCAUGAGAUAAUUAGCAAUAAAUAUAGAACUUGUA